CACAGCCAAUGGAAGCGGCGGGGAGGCGGGGAUUCAAGCGCGGUUGAGAGACGAGCGAGAGAAGAAAAGUUUAAUAUGAGAGAAGACAUCAACUGAUAUCUGAAGACCAUGUCCCACGCGACCAAGCAUAUAGCAGGAGUUCUGCAUCCUGUAUCAACAAAGACAGCUGGAGGAAGUUUUCUAGUAGCUGUCAAACAGGAGAAAGUUGAUGUGCCAAGGACAAGUGGAGAGAAAAAUUUGGCCGAAGACGAGCCUGUUAAAAAAAGAGGCUGGCCCAAAGGAAAGAAAAGGAAAAAGAUCCUGCCCAAUGGACCCAAAGCUCCAGUCACUGGCUAUGUCAGGUUCUUAAAUGAGAGAAGAGAGCAGAUUCGGUCACAACAUCCUGAACUACCUUUCCCAGAGAUAACAAAGAUGCUGGGAGCAGAAUGGAGCACUCUGCCUGUGCCAGAGAAACAGCGAUAUCUUGAUGAAGCUGAGAGGGACAAGCAGCAGUAUAUGAAGGAGCUGAAGGAGUAUCAGCAGUCCGAAGCCUACAAGAUGUGUGCAGAAAAGAUUCAAGAAAAGAAAAUCAAGAAAGAGGAGACAAGUGUGUCUGCUGUAAGCACCUUGUUGAAUGGAUACAAACACAAAAGUGGAGAUUCCCAGACUGAUGGAUUUCCUGCAUUUGAUGUCCCAAUUUUUACUGAAGAGUUUUUGGAUCAAAACAAAGUCCGUGAAGCAGAAUUGAGGAGGCUUCGCAAAAUAAACACAGAAUAUGAGGAACAGAAUGCCAUUUUACAGAAACAUACCGAGAACAUGAACAGUGCUAAGGAGAAGCUGGAACAGGAGCUGGCCCUAGAGGAACGACAGACCAUGGCACUCCAGCAACAGCUAACAACCCUACGCCAAGUCUUACUGGCCAACUUCUCUUCUCUACCCAUCCCAGGCACAGGGGAGACACCUACACAGGGAAAUCUCGAUUUGUACAUGGCCAGGCUGCACAAUGUGAUUGAGGGUAACCCACAUCAACAUGAGAAACUAGUUAUUCGCAUAAAGGAAAUUCUCUCUAGGAUUAAUAGCAUUCACUGAACAGAAAGCCAGCUCAUGUUCCUGUAGAAAAUUGAUGGCAUCAAUGAACAUAUGUGAGAUGGGAUUGUGAUGCAGCAGAGAAACCCACAACCCCUUGAAACUCAAAAAAAAAUCCAGAGUAGUCCCCAGGGCAAGGAGCCUUUUGGCGGUAAAGUGGAAGGAAAAGAGGAAGAUAGAAGAGAAAAAAAACUCAACGAGAAGCAGAUUGUUAGGCAACAAAUAUGUGUUGAGGUCUGAAGAGCCUUGCGUUAAUAACAUGAUUAGAAACUUAAGUAGCACUUCAGAAACUCCCCUUUAAUAGCGUAUUAUAAUUCAUAGAUACCACAAGCCCUGAUAGCUAUACUGCUUUAGUGCCUUUUCUAUUGGACAGUAGAUAAUGGAUUGUAAAGUUGAUAUAUUAAAAGGAUAGUAAAGGUUAAAAAUAGAAAGUGUUAAAACAUUGCACUGAGUAUCAAAACUGACUAAAUUUACUUUUAAAUAAUUUAUUUUAGACUCAGGUGGGUUCUAUUGCAUUUAACACCCCCCCACACACACACACUUGUGUUUUUGGGGGGUUUUAGGCAGCACUCUGGUUCAGUGUCUUUUCAUUUGACAGAUGCCACUGAAGCAGAGGUUCUUUGUCAGUGAAGUGGGUGGCAUGACUUAUUGGCUGUACCAUCUGACUUUUUCACUUGUUUUUUUGUUUUUAAGUUUUUUGGGGGGACGGGGGGGACCAAUAUGACUAACUCAGGUCUUAAGUAUACAUUUAAGAGACACUUUUUUAAAGUUUUAUUACAACAUAAAUGGAUUAUUCAGUGCAAGGCUUUUAAAGCAUUCUGAAUUUUUAUCCCUUUACUAUCUCUUUACAUUACGUGAUUUGUGUUUGCACCUUAUUGACAUUUUAUGUUUGAUAAAGGAGACCAACAAAACCCACUUUGUUUCUAAUGUUUAGUUAAGUACAAAUGUUUGUGGGAAAAUCACAAACUAUAAUAGAAAGUAAACAUACACUACAUGUAAAUAAUCAGAAAAUAUUUUUUGUAUUUACUUAUCGUUAUUAGCGCCACAAAGCAGCCAUUGCAGGAGGCGGCAGUAACUGCAGUCUUUGUUUGGUAAUGCUAACCCGUCAGAUAGGAGCAGACCUUGGAAGGGUAUGUUAAAGGGACACUGAACACUAAUUACAUUUCAUGCAUCACCCUCUAUUUACGUGUGCCGCCAUUUUGGAACUUAGGUUACACUGCAGGUAUCUGAUGGAGAGUUGCUGCACAUGUGCAAACAUUUUGGCACUGGAAUGUAGUGAAAGUCAGAUGUCAACAUGGAGCCUGAAUGACUAGAGAGAGUCAAGGAAUAACCUCAAUAUUAUGCUUAUAAAAUGUAUUUAGUGUUUAAUGUUCUUUAAAAAUAUUGACUGAUUAAGAUGUGUUUUCUGAUCAGAUCAUUCUAUAAAAUAAUUUUUGCAUUUUUGUGUGUGUGAAAAAAAAAAAGUUUAAUUUACAGAAUUAAAAAUAUAUUCCAAGGAAAA